CUAGGACCAGGAGGGCGCGCCGUGCAGCCAUGGCGAAGAACCGGAACAAGAAGAACAGGGCCAAGAGCGGCGGCCUCGCCACCAUGGACACCUCUGAGGGCGGCCCCGCCACAUCCACUGCCGCAGACGUCCCACAACCAAUGGAUACGUCCGAGGGAAAGCAGCCAUCGUCACCACCGCGGCGCUCGGUUCGAUCAACAAGUAAGCUAAAAGUACUGCACUGCAGCAAUUGCUAUUAUUUUUAUAUUUAUAUAUGUGUGCACAGAGGCUCGUUUCGUCAAUUAUUAUGUCGGCCCUUCAGUAAUGUGCCUUCUUAUUGUGACAUUGCUUUUCGUUGAACACUGGAACCCAAUCCAGCAGUAAUAAUAUAUCAUUGUGGGUUGAUAUGCUCGACACGCCGUAUAGUGCACAAUAAAGUGUAUGGUUAACAACUAUACUUUCUUAGACUUUAGAGCAGCUCUGCAUAGUGCAUUGAUGAGUGGAUGCCAAUAUUGAUCAACUUAAUAAAUAAAUAAAACAAGAUAGAGUAGCUUGCUCGAUUCUUGAUUCAUCAGUAGCCUGUUUGGGAUCAUCAGAGAGUAUUAGCUAUCAUCAGUAGCCUCCAUUUUUUCUGCACGUGCUAGUGGUCAAUUCUCUUUACUAAUAUUGAACUUGGAAUCGAACAAGCUCAUGCCGGUCGGCCGACCACACUGGUAGGGAACGAAAACAGAGUUGUUUAUUCUAUCCAUUGAUUGCAUGGCAUGCUGGGGACGGAGUUAGGGGCUCUUGCAUUUUUAUUUGGAAGCUAGUAGCUCCCAUUCGAGUUUGUCCUAGAUACUAGUGUUAGCAUGCAUGUCUUAAUGAUCAACAGGGUACGUGUACGCGUACGUGGUGCUGUAUACCAGGCACCAUGCAUGAUUACAUUCACUACGUAUGAUUGUACAAUGUACACUUGCCCUCCGAGUAUAAAUACAAAAAAAGAAACUUCAGUGGUCGACUGUGUAUGCAUGCAGGCUGGAUGCGAAUCCGCAUCUCUAUUCAGUCCUAUUUUUUGUCAUCCUUUACAUGAAAUAUUUUGUGAUUUACUUUCAUCUGCAGUAUCACCAAACUUUUUGCAAUUUAAUACUUUUAUUAAACUUUCAGUUUGAAUUUUCUGUUAGGAGUUUAUAGACCUGUUGAUAUAGUAAUUGACAAAUUAUCAAAAUAUGUUGUAGGGAAGGUGCUGGAAGCAAGGAUCAGAGUGCUAGCUGUUGGCGUAACAUCACCCAGCUGAUGGAGAGAUUUUAGUUUGCUAGCUAGAUGAAUCUUUAGACUUUGCAUGUAAUAGAACUAAAAGAUCACUUCAGAAUUCAGAAAACAUGUAUGCUAUUAUUUUUAUAUGUUCAUCACACAAAUUGUGUUCCAAAACAAUAUAUGUUGGAAUUCAAAGUCAAAGAUUGAUCUCUUUCUUUU